CCUCCAGCUAUUCUGCCAACCAUGUCUACGCCUAUCGCGCUGCUAUCCGUCUACGAUAAGACUGGCCUCCUCGACUUGGCUCAGGGCCUGCACACUGCGGGCGUCCGUCUGUUGGGAUCUGGGGGGACAGCAAAGAAAAUCAGGGAUGCGGGCAUUCCCAUCGAAGAUGUUUCCGACAUUACGAAGGCCCCGGAAAUGCUCGGAGGCCGCGUGAAGACCUUGCAUCCCGCGGUGCACGGUGGCAUUCUCGCACGAUCCAUCCCCUCUGACGAAGCCGAUCUCAAGGCGCAGUCAAUCUCUCCCAUAUCUAUCGUCGUCUGCAACCUUUACCCCUUCACAUCCACCAUCGCACAGCCCAACUGCACACUUGCCGACGCUGUCGAGGAGAUCGACAUCGGCGGUGUGACCCUCCUCCGCGCUGCUGCAAAGAACCAUGCACGUGUGUCAGUUCUGUCCGAUCCCGCUGACUAUGUGGAGUUCGUCGAGGCCUGGGGCGCCGGCAAGGGCGAUAUUGGCCAGGCAAUGCGCAGCAAGCUCGCAUUGAAGGCCUUCGAAAUGACCGCAAAGUACGACGAUGCCAUUAGCGGCUACUUCAGGGAACAGUAUGCUAGCUCGGAGCUGUCACCCGAGAAGUUAGUUGGGCCGGUGCAGCGCAUGGCACUGAGGUAUGGUGCGAACCCCCAUCAAAAGCCUGCGCAAGCGUACGUAACAGAGCGAGAGCUGCCGUUCAAGGCACUCUGCGGCUCCCCUGGUUACAUUAACCUCCUCGACGCACUUAACUCGUACGCGCUCGUGAAGGAACUCCAGGACGCGCUCAAUCUACCCGCAGCGGCAUCCUUCAAGCAUGUGUCUCCUGCUGGCGCCGCAGUAGGCGUCGAGCUCAGCGAGACUGAGAAGAAGGUCUACGGCGUGGAUGAUCUCAAGGAGCCCCUAACGCCUUUGGCGUCCGCCUAUGCGCGUGCUCGAGGUGCUGACCGCAUGUCCUCCUUCGGCGACUUCAUCGCUCUUUCCGCACCAUGCGACCUUGCCACUGCUCGUAUCAUUUCUCGUGAGGUAUCUGACGGCAUCGUCGCACCUGGCUACUCCCCCGAGGCGCUCGAUGUCCUCUCCAAGAAAAAGGGCGGAAAGUACUGUGUUAUCCAGAUUGACCCGUCCUACGUUCCAGCAGAAGUUGAGACGCGGCAGGUGUACGGGAUCCACAUGCAACAGAGGCGCAACGAUGCCAAGGUUAGCCCCGAGCUCUUCUCUAACCUUGUCACUCAGAACAAGGAACUCCCGUCUGAAGCCCAAACGGAUCUGAUCGUUGCAACGCUAGCGCUGAAGUACACACAAUCCAACAGCGUUUCCUAUGCGUACCAUGGCGCUAUCAUUGGCAUCGGCGCCGGACAGCAAUCCCGCAUUCACUGCACGCGUCUCGCAGGCACGAAGGCUGACCUGUGGUGGCUCCGACACCACCCGCGUGUCCUCGCACUCCCAUUCAAGAAGGGCGUGAAGCGCGCGGAGAAGGCUAACGCAAUAGACCUGUUUGUCUCGGGCGAAGUGUUCGAGAGCGGUGGCAGGGAGAAGGAGCAGUGGGAGGCGCAGUUCGAGGAGGUGCCCGCGCCACUUACCGCUGAGGAGAAGAAAGAGUGGACGGGAAAGCUGGAUGGCGUGGCGUGCAGCAGCGACGCGUUCUUCCCCUUCCCGGACAACGUAUAUCGCGCGAGGAGGAGCGGCGUGAAGUACUUGGCGGCGCCGAGUGGCAGUGUUAUGGAUGAGGAGUGCGUGAAGGCAGCGGAUGAGCAUGGAAUGGUAUUUGCGCACACGAACCUGCGGCUUUUCCAUCACUGAGAGGUAAGGCACUGCGCAUGAAAGGAAAUAGCAGUAU